CGGAAAUACAGUGUCGUUAGAACGACGUCAGCGUUGAGUUGCUGAUGCAGAUGUCAACUAUUUGCACUAUAGCUGAUUUGAUAUUCACAGCGAAAGUACUCACAAUUUAGACACAUAUCUAGCUAUCUAGGUAGUGCGCCACACAUUCCUUUUUCCGAUCUAUGGAGUUUUUGCAGUUUCUAUCAUGGGCGUGCAUCGUAUUUACAGUCGGGAUGUUCUCGACUGGACUGACGGACCUGAAGAAGAUGAGAGCUUCCAAAAGUGCAGAUAACGUCCAGUUCCUCCCCUUCCUCACCACAUGCCUCAAUAACCUGGGCUGGCUGUAUUAUGGAAUACUGAAGACGGAUGGGACUCUGGUCCUGGUUAACACCAUAGGAGCCUGUUUACAGUCCCUCUACAUCCUCUCCUACUGCCACUACACCAAUGACAAGAGGCGAGUGACCUCUCAGACGUUACUAGCAGGAGGAGUGGUCUGUGGAGGCUGGCUGUACUUCAGUGUUGUCCUGCCUCAGGGAGAGUCUCAGCUGGCCCAGCUAGGUCUCACCUGCAGCCUGUUCACUAUCAGCAUGUACCUGAGUCCACUCGCUGACCUGAUGGAGAUAGUGCGUACUGGUAGUGUGGAGCGUUUGUCCUUCUCUUUGACUGUAGCUACCUUCCUCACCUCAACAUCCUGGACGCUCUAUGGACUACAGCUGCAAGACUACUAUAUCAUGGUUCCAAACACGCCAGGCAUUGUGACCAGUCUCAUCCGGUUCUUCCUGUUCUGGAGAUUUGCAUCUGUCAAUCAAGGCGUGCCAUCCUAUAAGCUCAUCGAAAUUUAAGUGGCUGGAGACUCACACCAGGGGCGGCAGGGUAGCCUAGUGGUUAGAGCAGUGGACUUCCAACCAGAAGGUUGCAAGUUCAAACCCCCGAGCUGACAAGAUACAAAUCUGUCGUUCUGCCCCUGAACAGGCAGUUAACCCACUGUUCCUAGGCCGUCAUUGAAAAUAAGAAUUUGUUCUUAACUGACUUGCCUAGUUAAAUAAAGGUAAAAAAAACACCAAUGGUUACAAGGGAGAGAGAUAACAGGCUUCUUGACCCUAUCAUGGUCAGGCUGUCCAUCACUGAUAUUGUUACUCAUAUUGUAAAUGAUUCAUGAUCACUCCUACCCACCAAGGGUUUAAGAAGACUUUCUCCUCUCAAGACAGAAGCUGUCCCUAAUCACAGAUCUUGGAUCAGAGUACCCUAGCAAUGGGGGAUGGAAAAUGAUGAAUAAAUAUCUGACCCUGUAUCAGUGGUUAGGGGCAUCUUCCUCAUCGUUCUCCCUCCACCACUUCCUUUUUGUGCCUUCUGUACUAGUCUGGGACAUCAUUACUGAGAACUCAACCAUGGGCGGGACAGUCCUGCCCUGUCAAUCACAGUAGUCUCUGUUAUCCAGUGGAAGGUUUUUUGCUCAGCAUCAUUGCGCUGCUAUUGGUUGAAUCGCUCUAACUAACAGGGCAGGAUGAUCCCGCCUCUAGUGGGGUUUGAGACCCCCUCACCUUUAUAGUUGACUUGUCUGUCCUCAUCACUAUGGUACCUGUGAACUAGGGGUGAACAACUGUUCCUGGUAGCUACAGUAUCUGCUGGGUUGUUAUCCUUCUCUUUUAACUAGACUGAUGUAUAGUGCAUUUGGGAAGUUUUCAGACUCCUUGAGUUUUUCCACAUUUUGUUACAUUACAGCCUUAUUGUAAAAUGUAUUAAAGUGUUUGAUGAGGAAAAUAACCUACACACAAUACCCCAUAAUAACAAAGCAAAGAGAUGUUUAAUUGUUUUU